GUUAAAUUUCAUCAGUCUUGAAAAAGACUUCCGUUGACGUGGCCAUUUUGCUAGGAACCAAAUUGUAUUGAAGUUGCCGUCUUACAAACAUAGUCGUCGUCGUCUUCCAGUUUCUUCUGUCUCUUAAGUUCAUAAAGAAAAAAAGUUUCUUCUGUGUCUCUCUCUAAAUUCACACUCUGCCCCCUGAUAGUUAGUUGUCUCUAUACAAUCUAGGGCACAAAUCAAUUUUCGUAAUCAUGAACAUAUUCAGAUUCGCUGGCGAUAUGAGUCAUUUGAUCAGUCUUUUGGUACUUUUUCUCCAAAUCUACGCCACCAAAUCUUGCUCAGGGAUUUCACUAAAGACUCAGGAGCUGUAUGCCAUUGUGUUUCUGGCUCGUUACUUGGAUCUGCUUACAGUCUUUAUUUCUGUGUACAACACCGUGAUGAAGCUGGUGUUUAUUGGGAGCUCUCUGGCGAUAGUGUUGGGCAUGCGCUAUCACCGAGCUGUAAAGCAGUCGUAUGAUCGCAAGCUUGAUACUUUUCGGCAUUACGUUCUUAUUGCAGCGUGUUUUUUGUUGGCACUUAUUAUUCAUUAUAAGUUCACAUUUCAGGAGAUCUUCUGGACAUUUUCACUAUACUUGGAGGCAGUUGCAAUUCUUCCCCAAUUGGUUCUGUUGCAAAGAAGUGGCAAUGUGGACAAUUUGACUUAUGUUUUCUUUCUUGGGGCCUAUCGUGCACUCUAUAUUCUCAACUGGAAUUACCGCUAUUUAACAGGGCAGGGAUAUGUGUCUUUUCGUUACAUCUCUGGUCUUGUCCAGAUGGGUCUCUAUGCAGAUUUCUUCUACUAUUAUUAUGUCAGCUGGAAAAAACAAGCUAAGCUCGAGUUGCUGCCUGAGGCGAGCCAGGUUGCCAUUGAAAUUGGCACUUAAAAGCUGAAUCUUUGUGUUUAAUGGAUUGCUUGGUGAACAUACAGAGUGUGUUUGGAUAAUGGGUUUACUUUCUUUGGUUGCCAGCAUAACUCAUUCGUGGUACCCAUUGAUUGGCAUAUGUUUGUGUGCUAAAAAGCAUUAUUUAUAUAUAUUUUUACCGUUAU